AUGUCCUCUCUUCCACGCAAAGCUUUGAUCGCUAUUUCAAGCUACAAUGAACCUUUCUAUGCUGAUGGCACCAAGACAGGCUUAUUCUAUACUGAAGCACUUCACCCUUAUCAAGCCCUUAAGAAAGCAGGAUUUGAAGUAGACCUUGCCACUGAAACUGGCACCUACGGCAUGGACGAACAUUCUACUGAAAAGCAGUUUCUCACUGAUGAAGAUGAAAAGAUCCUGAAAGAUGCAAACCAUCCCUUUAACGUGCUUUUGAACAAGCAUCUUCACAAGGCCUCUGAUUUGGAUGCAAAGCAAUAUGGUUUGUUCUUUGCUAGUGCAGGUCACGCCUCUCUUUACGACUACCCCUCUGCACGAGGUCUUCAGUCUAUCGCCGAGGAUAUCUAUAAACGCGGAGGCGUUGUCUCUGCGGUAUGUCAUGGUCCUGCUAUUUUACCUGGUAUCAAGGGAGAAGACGGCAAAUCUAUCAUCAACGGUAAGACUGUCACUGGAUUCACUACCGAAGGUGAGGUACAAUUGAGUGUCUUGGACAAGAUCAAGCAAGACAAGGUCCCCACCAUUGAGGAAGGUGCUGCCUCUGUUGGUGCUACUUAUGUAGCUCCACCUACACCAUUUGCCGAUUUCAACAAGACAGAUGGCAGGGUCGUUACCGGCGCUAAUCCCGCUUCUGCUCACUCGACAGCUGAAGCUGCCAUUGCUGUCUUUGACAAGGCUUAA